AUGAAAGAGGGCCGCGACUACGAUUGGAGCGAUGAGUUUGUGAAGCAGAGCGAUGACUUCAGCCCCGAACCUUGUGCUGUUGAUCAGGUCGUCUGCGAGUUUGUCAAAUGGGCCGAACACCCAAAGCUUGCUCCACUUACCGUCAGCCAGCUUCUACAAGACGUUCUGGAGUUGGGCAAAGAUCUAAAGCCAGCAGCGGGCAUCUCCGCGCUCCAGCACGCUGGCCACCUCUGCCUUGGCGAUCUGUGCUCGCAUUUUGGGUUGGCCGCCUAUUUCGCCAUUCUACACAGAGGCCUACCGCCUAUUAUCUUCGAGGGUAUCAUCGACUACCCCGACCCCUCCAGGGUGGCCCACAUCAUCGCCAAGUACAAGGCGGUAUCCCUAUUGGCUUCCGGCGACUUCCAACUGGAUGCCCAGUACAUGGGCUUUGUUUCUAACGCCUCGCUGAAGAUCGAAGCCGUCAGUGCCGAGAAAGUCUCCAAGGAGUACGAGCCGCCCGAGUGGGCCAAAGAUGAGGAUGACCCGAUCGCGGCGUCCGUAUUUUGCUGGGGAGCCGUCUUGAAACAAGCUGGCUCCGAGCUGAUCGCCCAGGCCGAGCUCUUCUCCCUUGUCAACAUCCUCUCCGUGCCGUUAAUUGGGACCAGGCCCACCCCGCAACGGAUGGCCCAGAUGGCGCGGAAUCAGUUGAAGGGCCAGGAUGCCAGAGAUAUCGUCCAAGACAUCUACCUGGAAGUGAUGGGAGACGAGGAUGAGAAUCAGCUCACCGAUUCCGACAUAUCGGAGCGUGACCUCGAGCCGGAUGCCCCGAGAUCCCGGGCAAGCAGCCGAGGCUUCGACAUCGACUCCGACCUGGAAGAAGCCCGUCGUGCGCACAACGAGCCCACGAUCGUGAUCACCGACAUGGAUCCGGUCAGCCCGAGCACGGCCGAAACGUCCGCCGGCACACCGUCGUUCGUCAAGAAGGCCGUCAUAUCGAGGACCAUGGAUUUCUCGACGGAAGAUGAGGAUGGGGAUGGUGAGCCAUCGAGUGCCGAGAGCUCGGAUGAAGAGCUGGGCAAGAAGCCCAUUCCGAAGCACAACCCCUUUGACGAUGACUUUGUAAGUGAGCCGAAGUUGGAGCGAAAAGAGGAAACCGUUGUCACCACCACCCACUACGCGUCCAGCUCGACGACAAAAGUGGCAGAGCCCGUAAACGACAACAACCCGUUCGACAGCGACGAGGAGGAGCUCCAAUCCCCCUUCAACCAGUCGACACUAUCCGGCCGCGACCCAUUCGAGCAUUUGAAGGGGCGAAGGACUCACAAAUUCUCGUCGGGCUCAGACGAUAUUGUACACGCCCAUCUAUCCGAUGACGACCUCGAAUCGUCGACGCGCAGCAAUCAAAAGGACUAUUUCCUCGAGAUUGAGAAAGAGAUGCGGGAAAAAGAGGCACCGUCUCUCUCUUCGAUCGCCGAGGUCCCGACGCCAAAGGCGCCGCCGAGGAGCCAGAAUAAAGUAGACAGCCGUGGCCGCACGCCGAGCUCGAGCGUCACCUCCAGCAUCUCGGCCGUCAGCAGCUUCAAGGAGGACGAGUCGAGUUCAGCACGCGGCGGCCCGAACUCCUCGCCGGAGCCCCUGAAGAAGCCGGUGAUCAAGAAGGCCGUACCGGAAGAGGCCCCCAAGACCCGCGGCCUUUUCACCAAGAACCCGAGGAGUCGAGGGGAGCGCCGCAACACGAACCCGUUCGACGACGACGACGCCGAGGAGGAGGCUUCUUCCUCGGACAGUGACGUCGAUGAGCGGCCGGCCGCGAACAAUCGGCGGUCACCCUUUGGGGCGCAGCAAACCACUCCCACGCCCCCGGGCCGCAAAAACAUCCCCAAGCCGUUGGAGCUGAACCCGCCCAAGGAGCUCGACCUCGAGGAGAAGCCAGAGGAACAGGAGACACGAUCCGAGCCCGAAUUUGUCGACCGGAAAAGCCAACCGGCCUUCCGCCUCAAGGCGCCCACCACCAAGAAGAAGAAAAUGGUGCUCCACCGCGUCGAGCAAACUGACGUCAUGGUCGAGCUGCUGAAUGGGCAAAAGAUUGAGGUGUCGUGCCGCUCAGACGUGCUGACGGCCGACGUCUUCAGCCUGGUCGUCGGCCACAUGAACAUCAACGAGCACGUCUUCUUCGGGCUUUCCGUGCUGAGAGAUGGCGAGCACUUUUUCCUCGACGACGAGCAGCGGCUGGAGAAGUUCGCGCCGUCCGGGUGGAAGGAUCGGACGCGACGGGUCGGCUACACGCUGCACCUGCGUUUCCGCUUCUACCCCCAGAUCCUCGAGUUUAUCAAAACCGACGUAACGCUACAUGAAUUAUACCUUCAAUUGCGCCGCGACAUCCUGGAGGACAGACUACAACCCAAAAAGGACAAGGCCUACGAGCUGGCCGCCCUGGCGCUACAGGUGGAAUUCGGAGACCGGCCACCGCCCGCCGUCAAGGACUACUUCGCCAUGGAGUACUAUUUGCAACGGCGCUUCUACCAAUUCGACGACGAGAAGGCGGUGCAAUCAGAGAUCGGGCAGCGGCACGAAAAAUAUAGAGGACUUCGGGCAAAGGAGGCCGAGACUCGCUAUAUCCAAGUCUGCACAUGUCUGCCGGAUUACGGUGCUCAUCUUCACCGUGUCUUCCGGUCAAAGCCCUCAACGGCGCACGGAGCAUCACCUUUUGAUCCGGACACCGGCGCGAAUAUGUGGAUCGCCAUCAUGCCAAAGGGGAUCAUUGUGUUGGAGGAGCAGGCGGGUGUCCGGCACAGCCUGGCCGAACACGUGUGGCAGUGCACGCAGACGCUGCAGUUUGACAAGAAACGUUUCGUCAUCGUUGCCCAGCGGAACGGCGAGCCAUCUGAGACGGUAUUUUGGACCGACCACUACAGCAAGUCGGCCUACUUUGUCCGCUUUGCCGCCUCGCAGCACCGGUUUAUGAUGCGGAUGCGGCAGUGGAAGAACACGCUAAAAACCGAACGCUCCCUGUCAACACUUCCGGAUGUGGCUGCCGAGGGAUCACUGCCAAGGCGGAACCACCAGAACCGAGAUAGCGCCGAAGACUUCCGCUCGCCACCCCACCAACCGACCCCCUCAUCGGAUGAAGCCGAAAAUCGGCCCCCACCCGGCGCCACCUUCACCGCCACACUCCAGAAAGACCCCUCCAGCGGUCUCGGCUUAACUCUCAUCCCCGGCGUGUACGUGAAGUCGAUGGCCCCGGGCGGAGUCGGCGAGAAGAGCGGUCUUCUCGUCGGCGAUCGUCUAUUGGCCGUCAACGGAAUCUCGCUCGUGAGCGCCGAUCGGCAUCGAGCCGUCGACUUGGUCAAGGCAUCCGGCUCAACGGUGCGUAUCGAUGUCUCACGGCUCGAAGGCGUCGCCGCGCACGCUCGCCAAUUCUCGGCCGACAGCACCGGCAGCAAACCCCAGAACAACGGCCACCACAAUGGGCUUGGUGCGCCGAACUCCUCGGGCACGAGGGCCCAAUCCCGAACCCCGCCCGCACCCCGGAAACAACCGAAUAAGCGCCAACGCGCUGUUUCUGACUUUGGCGCGUUUGGGGACCAGCUGCCGGUGUUGAACAGCGACGACAUCAUCGCCGACAAGAUGCGCGCCAUUUCCGGGCUUCACCUUGACGAGUCGGACGAGGAGAAGGGGGAAUACCGGCUGCCCCCGCACACCAUCUACUCGUACGACAACACCGACGAGGACACCCUAGGUGGAUCGUCAAGGGGACAGCGGCAAGCCCAAAUCGAGGAGUUCGCCCCGGAGAAGUACACGCCGCCGGCCAGAGAGCCGAGGAAAUAUCAACAGCACAGAAGAUCAAACCUCGACUGGACCGAGGAGUUGGACGAGGCCGGCGAGGAUGAUGACCUGAUCCACGUGGAGCUGGUGCGGAACAGCGCGGGCAGCCUGGGCAUCCAGAUCGCCAGCCAGGCGGGCCGCGUCUGCAUCAAGCAGGUCACCGCCGAGCCGGGGCUGAGCGCCAACGUGAAGCCGAUGGACGUGCUGGUGGCGGUUGACGGCGUGUCGGCGAUAAAUCGUACGCACCAGGAGGUGGUGAACAUGCUGAGGACGGCCGGGCAGGUCGUGCAGCUGACGUUGAGAAGAGAAGAAAAACAAGGUCAAACGGACGACGACGACAGCGACGAGGACGAGAAGACGAUCCGUGUGACCCUCGAUAAGGGCGAGGGCGGCUCGCUCGGCCUAUCGCUCGCCAAGCGCACCGGCUUUGACGGCAUCUUCAUCCGGACGAUCGGCCCGGAUUCGGCGGCGGAAAAGGAGGCCACGCUCAGAGUCGGCGACCGGAUGUGGGCCAUCGACGGCGAGGAGGUUGGCACGGCUUCCCCGGCCGCGCUCGUCGAAAAGCUGAAGCAAGUCCGCGGGCCCGUCCACAUUGUCGUCAAGCGCCCGAAAAACAUGGCC